AUGUCAUAUCGCAAAAUUGGCUCAUCCGAUCCACGUCGACCCGAGCUUGUCCGACCUCUCGUUUUGCCCAAAACAUGGUCGAACGAUGAUUUAGACAUCUACUCUUCCUUCUUGGGGAGUGUAUCGAUGAUGUCGGGGGCAGCAAUGUUGACUCGUGCGCCAUACAUUGCUUAUGGAGGCCUUGUGUUUGCUUGUGCCCACAUUGCACAUGAUAAACCAUUCAAGUCGAGUAAGACGAAAGAUGCGUCCACGGGCGGUCCUUGGAUGUCGCUUGCAUUCUCGCUGUUGGCACUAAUUGCUUUGGUUUUGCCAAAGCUCUCGAUGGACGAUCCUCUUGGUCUCACUCGACAGAAGCCCUCCGCCUAA